UAACGACGAAGAGAAUUAGAGAUUUUUUUUUGUUAGACAGGCUAACUAACAAACCUGACCCUACUUGUCCCACUCUUCUCUCUUUCUCCUUAAUACAUACUCAUCUCAUUCUUUUUCCUCUAAUCUUAACUCAAAUUUCUGUUUCGUCUUUGCUAACAUCCAUGGCUAAAUCCUCAGACCUCCUCCUCUAUCUCUCAGUUUUCUUCUUCAUCAUCACCAAACCCGCCUUGGCUCAGACAUGUUCCAACUACAAAUUCUCCAGCAACACUCUCUUUGAGUCUUGUAACGACCUCCCUGUUCUUGACUCCUGCCUCCACUACACUUACAACUCUUCUUCCGGCAACCUCCAAAUCGCUUAUCGCCACACAAGGCUCACCUCCAGGAAAUGGGUGGCAUGGGCCGUGAACCCCACAUCCACCGGCAUGGUCGGAGCUCAAGCCAUUGUGGCUUAUCCACAACCAGAUGGCAGCGUUAGGGUUUACACUUCACCCAUCAGAAGCUACCAGACGAGUCUCCAAGAAGGUGACCUCAGCUUCAACGUCUCCGAGUUAUCAGCUACUUACCAAAACAACGAGAUGAUCAUCUUCGCAACUCUGAAUGUUCCUGUUUCCAAUGGUGGAAACAUUAACAUUGUGUGGCAAGAUGGGUCUCUCUCCGGGAACAAUCUUCUGCCUCAUCCAACUUCUGGCAACAACAUCCGCUCUGUUUCCAUUCUGAAUAUCCUCUCCGCUGCAUCCGGAGGAGGAGCAGGACUCUCAGCCCAGCUUGGGUUACAAGUCUCAAGCUGGGUUGAGAAUCAGUCAGGAUUCAGUUUAGCGCUCACCGUGCUAUCGGUAUCGAUCUCUACUGCCUUGCAACAGUUCAAGUGUUUGCUCUGUUUUUAAGACCCAGACCAGAGCACAAGCACAGAGUCUACUGAAACAUCUACCACCAUACCAUUGGAUAGGUGAAUGUUUUUCAAGGGUUUAGAAAUCUUGAGCCCUGAGAAGCAGUGGAGAAAUGAAGAGAGGUAAAGAAGAGGAAUCUGCUCAAAGAUAUCAGCUUGGAAA